AGAACACCAAAAACUUUGGUAGGAAACCGACGACGGAGAAAGCUCAGACAAGCUAAAGCUCAGAUCGAAAGCUUUGACAAUGAACAAUAAAUCUUGAGUUCGGCCCCGAGGCAUCAUCCCGUAUAUUACCUCUACCCCAGAUGCCGAGCCGGAGGAUACCAACGGUACCUCGGAGGGAACUAUCCCACAGCUAAUGUUGUAUAUCCCCGCUAUGGCUGUGUCUUCGGCUGUAGUGCGCGGUUAAUAUGAGAAUCUUUUAAUAAUAACUCGUUUCCUCCCUUGCAUAGCUUUCCCUCAUUCUUCUCCUUUACUUUCUUUAUUAUAUACCCCUUUCGACUUGAUUUCUCGUCAUUUGGCACGUAAAUAAGCGUUGCUUUGUUCAAAACGACUACAUAAGUCAUCACUGACCAUACCAUACUACAUUUGCAAUGGUCUGGGGCGGUCGUCAACAGGAUGAACCCCAGUCUCCCCCACAGGAGUUGUUGGAUAAGCCUGUAGUCCGAGAGAAGCUCCCCGCAAAAUUGCAACAGUUGGUUGAUCGCGAAGAGGAAUUCUACGAUGACCUCUAUUCCCAAUACAAAUCAACGCGACGCCAAAACCAAGCAAAGACAAAACAGAAGCUAACGAUGGGCACCUCGAUUGACGGUAGCUCGGUCAACUCCACAGACACAGGGUUCCGCUAUGCCGCGUACGCCAACCGCAUCCGCACGAUCCUCCUGUCCGCCCAUCGUUAUGUCGCCUACACUUCAGACAUCGGCGAGUCCUUCCGUCCGAUCGCACAUCCAUGGCUGGUGCGCUCUGCCUACACUAUCUCCUGGACAUACCUGCUCGGCGAUGUUGGUCACGAAGGCUACAAGGCCUAUCUCCGGAACUGGAAGGCACUGGCCCCCACCGGCGAGGCAUACAGGGAUGCUAGCCAGCCUUCGCAGAACCAGAUUAUCAAGGGUAUGGCGACAGGAAACAUGACGAUUGGCAACAAAGCCGAGUCCAAAAACGAGCUUUCAAACUGGCAGACCCCCGAGAUCCCGCUUGCGGAGGACUACCGCAUGGUCAUGGCCAAGCGCGCGGUGUUCCAGAGCAUCGCGAGUAUGGGAUUGCCCGCAUUCACAAUCCACAGUGUGGUUCGCUACUCUGGGCAGAUGGUGAAGGGGGUCAAGAUUGCAUUUAUUCGUACCUGGACGCCGAUCGGGCUUGGUCUCGCUGUUGUCCCCUUCCUUCCCUAUAUCUUCGAUCACCCCGUCGACGAGGCCGUUGAAUGGGCCUUCCGCACUGGUCUUCGUGCUUACGGCGGCGAAGCAGCCGUCCGCCCACUACCAGGCAAGAGCCUCCCUCCCCGGGAAGAUGAGGAAGUCCGUGCUGCUGCGGCGGCAAAUCUCUCCUGGGACGAGUACAAGGCUGAGCGGGAACUAGCGCGUGAGGUCCGUCGGCAGUCAAGUGAGCAAGCUGGCAGUGGCGGAAUUGCAUCGCUGACGAGCUGGUUUGGAAAGUCUGAAUCGGAGUCGGAUAAGAAGAAGAAGGAAUGAGGUGAAUACACCAACUUCUGUUCUCGGUUUGACUGAAGUGCUUCCUUUGGCUCCUUCUGUCUCUUGCCUAUGGGCGCAUCUCCCCUACCACUCACUUAUUGUGCACAUCAUUUCCCACUCUCUGAUCUCAUAUUCCUACUGAUAUCCACUGGGUUUGCUUAUAAACUUACACCCAACAUUUCUGAACAAAAUCUAUAUUAUUAUCCUUCA